AUAAUGUAACCAUUUUCUGAUUGAUGUGUUCUGAACGGUUUUGGGACUUGUCCCUGACUGCUGUUGCUACAACCGUUUCAAAAACACUAGUCGCUCCAAUAGAUAGAGCAAAAAUUCUGUUGCAGGUUCAACCUCUUACUCCUUUACCUUCAUAUGCUCGCUAUCGAACAGGGAUGGAAGCCCUCAAAAGAAUUCCAAGGGAACAAGGAUUUUGGGCUUAUUGGAGAGGAAAUGGAGUAAAUCUCCUAAGAAGUAUACCAGGUUCUGGCUUCAAGUUAUUCCUGUAUGAAUACUUUAAAAAUCAAGUGUUUCUACCCAAGAACAGAUCCUAUGAUGGAUUUGACUUGAUAUUGCGGAAAGUAGGCUCCGGAGUUUUGGCUGGUACUAGUGCAGUACUUAUCUUUUAUCCUUUGGAUCUCGUAAGGACGCGUUUUGCUGCGGAUGUUUCUCGCCAAGGGAUUUCCAGAGAAUAUGCAUCAAUACUGGACUGCACGAAACAGAUUGCUCGCAAGGAAGGUUUUUUUGGACUGUAUAGUGGAGUAGGCACUUCAGUAUUCGGUAUGAUGCCUUACAUUGCAACUGCAUUUAUCACAUACGAUCUCCUAAAGACAUUUGUUCCAGAAGAGGAUAAAAUAUGGAUGCAUGUUCAUAUAUCAAAAUUGUCUUUAAGUGCCUUGACCGGUGUGAUUGCGCAAUCGAUUACUUAUCCUUUUGAUACGGUCAGACGUCGAAUGCAAAUGAAUUCACGUUCUGGUUUGAAGAAAUACAAAUCCAUUUUAGACUGCAUACUUUCCAUGUGGAGGAAUGAAGGUUUUCGGAGUUUCUAUCGUGGAACUAUGAUGAACAUGUUGAAAACUAUUCCGGGUAUAAGCAUCCAAAUUUAUGCUUAUGACUUACUUAAGGACUAUACACAACAAGACUGAAGGAAACGGGGUCGUUGAUAAGUA